AUGGCUUCUGUCGAAUUAUUCCGAAGCCAGAUUCCAGCGCAUUUUCCGCAACCGGAAUUCCCUCGUUCCAUCCCCGGCCAGGACGGAUCGGACGCGGAGAUAUUACGGGGCCGUAUUUCGCAUACAAACUGGAGCCUUCGGAUCUUGCCCCCUCUUUUCGCGGGACCCGAGAAUCCGAGUAUCGGGGUUAACGAUAUCGGACCGCCGCAACUUCCACUUGCCAGUCAGCCGAAGCGGUCAAAAGGCCUUUCGGCUAUGCAAAGCAAAGCCAAGGCCGACGAGCCCAGCCAGGACUUGCGGAGCGCCGCAUUUCCAUCGACUUCUCAUACUGGCGACAAAGGUGCCGCAGGUGUUCACGUCACUUCUCACUGGCAUGCAGGAUGGGACGCAAGAGCUCUCAACGUUGAGGUUGUCCCUGCAGACAGGUGGGUUCAUGUCGUCCUCGAUGCUUGGCUCCCGAGGUGCCAUUUGAUUGUUCACCCGGCCAAGCUGGACGAAGACGGCAUCGUCGACGAUGAGAGCCGCGGCAGCUUGCCUUGA